UCCUGGAGGGUAGUUUAGACCUAGUUCAUCAGAAGAUACCACUAAAAAAAGCGCUGCGUCAUGUCAGCCAGUGACUGCAUGUUUAUGCCACAGUAGGUACCCGCCGCCUUACUCUCGGCCUUCAAUUCUCAGUCCCUCCAAAAUCGCACCUUUCCCAAAUCCUCCAUCUCUUGUUCUCCCAUCGACUGCCAUGUCAGAUCGACUUUUGAGGUGACUCAAAAGUCUCUCUACCUCCAGUUUCUCGUUGUCCCAUCGGCCGCCAUGUCGGAUUCCGAGGACGAUUUCGAGCAGGAGUUGCUGCAGGCCGUGGGUCGCGCCAGCAGAAGCGGCGGCAGGAGCGGCGGAGGCGACGGCGGGCGGAAAGGCGGAGGCGGGGGAGGGAACAGGCGGAGCAGCAAGGGUGGCCGCAGCCGUCGAUCUGGAUUCCGCAGCUCGAGCAGCAGCGAAGAUCAGCCGUCGGAUAACGAGGAUGAUGACGACGACUACGAGGACAUCGAGCAGCGGGAGCGCGCGAGAGGCGCGCGCGGAUCGGCCGCUGCGGAAGCGAAGGGGGAUUCUCGCAGCCGGGGAAACGGGAGUCCUCCGCGGGGAAGCGGGUCCCGCGGCGGCGGCGGCGGAGGCGGCGGGAGCCGUGGAGGGGGAAGGGGCAGUGGAUCAGACGGGGAGAGAAGGGCGCGCGGGGGAGGCGGCGGGGAUGGGGGGGAUUCCGACAGCAGCGCGCUGUCGUUCGGUAGCGAUUUGUACAAGGACGACGACGAUCGCGAACGGUUACAGGCGAUGAACGAAAUCGAUCGCGAGCAGAUCCUGUUCGAGCGCGACGAACGGCGGCGAAGCCACCUGGACAAGCGCGAACUUCGCAAGAAGCUUCGCCAGCAGCAAAAGCUGCACCCGCAGCAGCAGCAGCAGUCGUUUCACCGCACCCAGGAGCGCACCCCCCGCGCCUCCGCUAGAGAAUCCGCAGCUUCCGCCGCCGCAGCGUCCGCGCCACCGGCGGCGGCGGCGGCGGCGUCCACGCCAGAACCAGCAGCGCGCGGAGGGUCCGCGGUAGGAUCAGCUGUAGGGUCGGGCGCAGGGACUUUAGAGACGUCUCAAAAGCCGGCGUCUUACACGCCGCCGGGAUCGGCGGUGGCGCGGGCGCGCGGGUUUGGCGGCGUGGAGCGGAGCCGCAAGGAGGGCGCGCUGCAGCAGCUGGAGGCGAAAAAGGCGGCGAAGCAGCAGCGGCGGCAGGACCUGGACGCGGAUAAGGACGCGGACUAUAACGCGGAUAAGAGCGCGGGUACAGGUAGAGACGCGGAUAGAGCCGCAUCAGACGCGAGUGACGAUGCCCUGGCGUCGCGGCGCAAACCGCCCGCGCCAGCGGAAGGGAAGCCCCCCCCUGCCGCUCGUGCCCGCUCGCGCUCCCGCUCCCGCAGCCGCAGCAGCAGCCGGGGCAGGGGCAGGGGGAGCGACAGCGAGGCUAGCAGCAGCAGCCGCAGCAGCAGAGGCAGGGGCAGGGGCCGCCGCCGCUCGCGCUCCCGCAGCAGCGACAGCUCCGACCGAAGCAGCAGCAGCAGGAGCAGCCGGGGGCGCAGCAGCAGCAGCGACAGCGACAGGGGGAGCAGCAGCAGCAGCGAGGGCGGCGGGGGCAGGGAGGGGCGGAAGCGCGGCGGCGAGCAGUCCAGGUUCGCUGAACCGGACGAGCUGUCAAAGAUUGUGGUGCAGCGGUCGAAGCUGGCGCAGUGGUGCAUGGAGCCGUACUUUGAGACGCUGGUGUGCGGGUGCUACGUGCGCGUGGGCAUUGGCACGAACCCGCACGGCCAGCCCGUGUACCGCAUCUGUGAAGUGGUGGCUGUGGACGCCAAAGACCCCUCCAAGCAGUACAAGUUCGAGGGGCGCAUGACGUUCAAGUUCUUGGACUGCAAGUGGGGCGAGCACCGGGCGCGCUGGCAGAUGGCUCGAGUGUCCGACAAGCCCGCCACCACGCAGGAGAUCCUGCAGCUGUUUCGGGAGAUAGAGAGGGCACACCUGCACAGAGUGACAAAGGAAACGGUGCAGAGGAAAGUGGAGGAGUUGGAUGCAGUGAAAGGGUACGUGUAUUCGGCCGAGGUGGUGGCCUCGAUGCUAAGGGAGAAGCGGGCGGCAGCGGCGCGGCCCAAGAUGGUGAUAAUGGAAAGAGAGAGGAUUCGGCUUGACAUCGCUGCUGCGGAGCAGAGGAGCGAUUUGGGCGCGGUGGAACAGCUAAAGGCAGAGUUGGAGAAGUUGGAGCGGAUGGGAGAGGACAAGGGCGAGGUGGCCAAGGGGCGGCGCGAGUUUGAUCUGGCAAGAAUGAACAAGCGCAACCGGCAGGAGAACUUCCGCACCGCUGUCAAUGCCGCCACUGGCGGCACAGAGAGCAAGACAGGAGAAGCCGCGGUUGAUCCAUUCAUCCGGCGCUGGACUCGCUCCCAGAACUACUACAAGAGCCCCGCCGCCCCCACUGCUGCUGCUCCCUGGUCUGAUGACGAGGAGGAGGGCGCGGGGAAGGGAGGCAAGGACGGCAAGGACGGCAAAGACAAGGGCAAGGAUGCCAAGGAGGGGAAGGGCAAGGGCGACGGUGAGGAGAAGGGGAAGGAUGGAGCAGGUGGAGGAGAGGAGGAGGAGGAGAAGGAAAGGGAGAAGGAGAGAGAGAAGGAGAGGGAGGCGCAGUUGGGGAGCUGGUUGGGGCAGCAGCUGGACGAGCGGGCGAAGCAGGUGCUCCGGAAACACGCCUUUGACCUGGAGAUAGACCUGGGCCUGGUGGACAAGUGGGGGGGAGCGGGGGCAGCAGCGGCGGCGCAGAGGGGGAGUGUGGGGCAGGCGAUGUGGGAGGCGGCGUUUAUGGCGCGCAAGAGGCAGCAGGAGGCCUUGUAUGGGGCGCCCAUCGGCGUGCCGGCAGGGGAGACGCCCCGGGGGCUCAGGCUGCUGACUCUCAGUGAGUACAAGCGGCGCAGAGGGCUGCCGUGUGACUGAGUGGGUGUUGUGAUGAGCAGUUGGCAGGCAACAUGGGAGGCCGCUUUCAUGGUGUGCAAGAGGCAGUGGCGGCGCAGAGGGGCAGUGUGGGGCAGGCAAUGUGGGAGGUGGCGUUCAUGGUGCGCAAGCCCCGCACGAGGCGCUGUACGGGGCGCCCAUAGGUGUGCCGGCAGGGGAGACGUCGCGAGGGCUCAGGCUGUUGACUCUCAGCGAGUACAAGAGGAGGAGAGGGCUGCCGUGUGACUGAGUGGGUGCUAUGGUGAGCUUUUGGCAGGCGGUGUGGGAGCCACAUUCAUGGUGCGCAAGAGGCAGCAGCGCAGAGGGGAAGUGUGGGGCAGGCGUUAGUGUUUAUAAAGAUUAGGGGUAGCUAUGUUGGGCCCAGGUUAGAUGGUUAGAGUGGGUGGGUGGCUCUGGGAGAUGACAUAAGCCAUUCAUCACGUUUUCUUUGUGCAAUGGUAUAUAUCAAUGAGUCAUGUUU